AUGUCUUCUGCGUCUGUCAAAUUAUUCAUCGGUGGUUUGUCCUGGAACACAAGCGAUGACUCUCUUCGCGACAAGUUCUCUGAAUAUGGAAAUGUCGAAGACGCUGUUGUUAUACGUGAUCGUGAAACUGGCCGUAGCCGCGGUUUCGGUUUUGUGACUUAUACGAAUAAUAAUGAUGCUGAAGAUGCUAUGAAACAAAUGCAUGGCGCGGAUUUUGACGGUCGAACCAUCAAAGUAAACGUGGCUUCUGACCGCGAACCUCGCUCUGGCGGAAGCUAUAGUAGCGGUGGUGGCAGUUAUAGCGGUGGUGGUGGCGGUUAUGGUGGCGGCAGUAGUUACGGCGGAGGAGGUCGUACAUCCCGUCGCGGAGGAAGUCGUGGAGGCCGUGGUGGUUAUGGUGGCGGUGGCGGUUAUGGUGGCAGCGGUGGUGGUUAUGGUGAUUCUGGUUACGGUGGAAAUGGUGGAAAUGGUGGUGGAUAUAAUGAUAAUAGUGGCGGUUAUGGCGGUGGCUACUAA